UUAUUUACUUCCUAUUUGGCACCGUUGGUGCAACAAUGUUUUUGCAACCUUUAAGCGGGCGGGCUAAAUUUAAACGUGUUUUGGCCGCAUAUGUACUUUCAGUUCCACUUUUUACUCCACUUACGUGAAAAUAGUAUCCAUAUCACAUGCUGUUAAAUGCUAGUCAUGCUGCUUAAGCAUUUAUCCGCGAAGGUUACGUACUUCACACAUUUAUUGCACUGUCAUCGCUGAUAGUGCUUUCCAUCCUUGUCGCGUACACGUAAAGGGUGCGGAGAUGCUGCGCGAAGAAGAGGAUGACAAUAGGGUUCAGGAAAUCACCCCGGCUUUCCCAGAGCGAGAUUUUUCAAAAAUACUACCUACAACGUUCCAUACACCCACUUAAUUACGGACAAUUUAUGAGUUCUGUCGCACCAUGACGCGACGAACUAUAUUUUACCGAUUUUGCAAGUCAUUAUUAUUAUUAAAUAACACUUUUUUGGACGCCCGUACUUCCCUUGCUACAGUCCACGCGACAUCCAUUCACGCGAACGCGCCUUCACCCAACGUCGUUUUAUUUUCAAAAUUGUUUUUCAAAAUUAUGGUCUGGCUGUCUUUUAAUACUGUCGAUUUUGGCCCAAAUAGAAUGGAUGGAGAUGAAGGCUGCAGCUAUGGCUCUACAAAUGGAUUGGAUUCGAGUCCGCACAAGCCGAGCCAAUCUCAGUCUCCCUCUUGCAAUGCCGUGGAUCUUGGAGAUAUGAGCUUUAUGAUGGUCGACUAUAUAAAAGACGCGAUGAAGGCAAUGGACAUGAUGAGAAAUCACCACAUGUUAACCGACGUCGUUCUGGAAGUGGGAGCGGAACUUUUUCACGCCCACCGUUUAGUGUUAGCCGCCGCUAGUCCGUACUUUAAGGCCAUGUUUACAGGGGGACUGCGCGAGUGCGACAUGAAUCGCGUGCAGUUGCAGGGGGUGUCGGCGACGGUGAUGGCGCGCCUGAUACAUUUCAUGUACACCGGACGGAUAAGGGUCACCGAAAAUACCGUGUGUCAGCUACUUCCCGCCGCCACCAUGUUUCAGAUUACGAACGUUAUUCAAGCCUGCUGUGAUUUUCUGGCACGUCAAUUAGAUCCUAGCAACGCGAUCGGUAUAGCGACAUUCGCCGAGCAGCACGGUUGCACCGAACUGUGUCGGAAAGCGAAUCAGUAUAUCGAAAGACAUUUUAUUCAGAUCUGUCACGAGGAGGAAUUCCUUCAACUCAACUGUGUACAAUUAAUUACGUUAAUUAAGAAGGACGAGCUAAACGUUCAGGCGGAGGAAGAGGUGUAUAAGGCUGUGAUAAAGUGGGUAAGGUACGACGAGGACAAUCGGCACGUUAAGAUGGAGCAUAUAAUUAGCGCGGUUCGGUGUCAGUUUCUUACUCCCAAGUUCCUCAAUGACCAAAUGACGAACUGUGAUGUGUUGAGGAAAACGCCCGCGUGUCGAGAAUAUCUGGCGAGGAUAUUUAAGGAUUUAACACUACAUAAGAAAUUAGCUGUGAAAGAGAGAACUCCGAAUACUCCUAGGAUAAUUUAUGUGGCGGGCGGUUACUUUAGGCACUCAUUAAACGUUUUGGAAGGGUACAAUGUGGACGAUAAGACGUGGCAUACUCUGGACAACCUAACAGUUCCCAGAUCCGGACUAGGCGGGGCCUUUUUAAAGGGUUCAUUUUAUGCAGUGGGAGGUAGAAACAACACUCAAGGCAACAGUUCCGAUUCCGACUGGGUCGAUAAAUAUAACCCCGCCAAGGAUCAGUGGAGACCUUGUAGUCCGAUGUCUGUAGCUCGCAAUCGUGUCGGUGUGGCUGUCAUGGACGAUUUGCUGUACGCUGUAGGUGGAAGUGAGGGCAACAAAUACCACAACAGUGUCGAAUUUUACGAUCCAGAAUUAGACCAAUGGACGAACGUCAAGCCGAUGCACACGCAGCGCCUGGCAGUAGGAGUCGCCGUCGUGAGCAGGCUACUGUACGCCAUCGGCGGUUUUGACGGGACCAAUCGGCUUAGCACCGUAGAGUGCUACCACCCGGAAAACAACGAAUGGACGAUGGUUAACUCGAUGCAUACGCAAAGAAGCGGAGCGGGCGUGGCGGGCAUAAAUCACUACAUCUACGUAAUCGGAGGUUAUGACGGCAAGAGGCAGUUAAAUUCUGUAGAACGGUACGAUACGGAAAGAAAUACUUGGGAAUUCAUGUCGAGCAUGAAAGUUGCAAGGAGUGCUUUAAGUGUAACAGUUUUAGACUGUCGAAUAUACGCUAUGGGUGGAUACGACGGACAGAAUUUUCUGUCGACCGUAGAAGUGUAUAAUCCAAUGUUAAACACAUGGGAAGAUGGUGAACCUCUUUCUUCAGGAAGAUCAGGUCAUGCUAGUGCUGUUUGCUAUCAAAAUCCCAACUGCCAGCUGCCAGCUAAAGAAUGCUUAAUUAAAGAUAGAGUAUUACCUUGAAUACAAAUUGUAAUGUGUAGGUAGUAGUUGGUAAUAUUUACCAGUAUGUUCUUGGUGAUAUUCAUCUUAGUCAUUUUUGUAUAAUAAAUGUCAUUAUUUAUUUUUUAGUAUCUACACGAUGUAAUGCUGUGAUUUCAUUUAUCUUGUAAUUUGACAUUCCUUCUACAUUAACUUAAUAAACAUCAUUUUUUUAUCUUAA